AUGUCGCGAGAAACGAUCCUCUCGAACAAACCUGAGGCGAAGGACGACGACCAGAGCCUGCGGCCCCAGCACAUGCGCGAAAUGGUUGGCCAACGGGCGGUUUUCGAGCGGCUGGAAAUUGCCGUCGACGCCUCGCGAAAGCGGAAUGAGCCACUGGGGCACAUUCUGCUCGACGGUCCGCCUGGGCUGGGAAAGACCACGUUCGCCACGGUGAUCCCCCGCGACUUGGGCGUGAGCCUGCAGAUCGCCAGUGGUGCGGCCCUCGCGGCGCCUAAAGACAUCAUCCCCUACCUGACCAAUGCCGAAGAAGGUUCGGUGUUGUUCAUCGACGAAAUCCACCGGCUGCCGAAGUCGGUCGAGGAGUUCCUCUACCCGGCGAUGGAAGACUUUCGCAUCGACAUCGCCCUGGGCGAAGGGGUGAACGCCCGUACCAUCAACAUGACGUUGCGUCAUUUCACGUUGAUUGGAGCCACAACCCGCACCGGGCUGUUGUCGGCCCCUAUGCGUGAUCGCUUCCAGAUGCGGGAGCACCUCGACUUUUACAGCGUUGAGGAACUAACGGAAAUCGUCCGCCGCAACGCCCGCAAGUUGAAUGUUGAUGUGACCGACGACGGUGCCGAGGAAAUUGCCGGCCGCAGUCGUGGCACUCCGCGGCUGGCAAACAACCGGCUGCGUUGGGUGCGGGAUUAUGCGACCAGCAAGGCCGACGGCCGCGUGAACCGCGACCUGGCCUGUGCAGCGCUGGACAUGCAGGGCAUCGACAAUCAGGGGCUCGACCCUCAAGACCGGCGGUACCUGGAGACGAUCAUCUCGAUCUACGGUGGCGGUCCCGUGGGGGUGGAAGCGAUUGCCCACACCAUCAACACCGCGCCCGAUACAUUGAUUGACGAUGUCGAGCCGUACCUUCUACGGCGAGGCCUGGUCAUCCGCAGCCCACGGGGGCGACGGGUCACACAGGCGACGUACGAUCACUUGGGGAUUCAACCGCCCGAGCCACCAUCGCCCGACGGGCAGCGGAUGAUGCAGGUGGCCGUCGACCAAGUAGUCGACAUGAUCGCCAUGCGGCACGGCUUCAUGUCCACAACCGGGGCCAUGCACGUGGCCGGCUUCGUGGCCUCCGCAGGAAUGUCCCUUCGUGCAUUCAUCGGCGUUUGUCUUGCUGACCUCGAUCACGUGCUCUUCCACGCUACCGUCGGCGUUCUGAUGAUGCAGAUGACCAUCGUGCAGGUAAUCGGUAUGGCCGUUGUGAUUCACAGCCGUGUGGCCGCAGUUUUCGCCAUGCUGAUGAUCGUGGUGGGCAUGUUCGGUGGACAUGGCUUCACGCUGAUUGAGUUGCUAGUGGUCAUCUUGAUCAUUGGAAUCUUAAUGGCCCUGUUGCUGCCGGCCGUGAAUGCGGCCCGCGAGUCGGCCCGCGCUGUGGAGUCGAAGAACAACUUGAAACAGAUGACGUUGGCCAUGCAGCAGUUCAACUCGGCCAACGGCAAUUAUCCACCGAGCUAUCUGGCCUACGAAUACAACCCGGCCAAUUACAUCGACGCGACCAAACAGCAUUUCACCGGGUACAGCCAUCUAGAAGGCUACUCGAUCCACGUUCUACUUUUGCCGUUCUUGGAGCAGAAGCUGAUCAUGGAAGAGGUUGACUUAUCGAAGCCGUACAACUUCUACGUUCAACUGGCGCUCGAUAACCCCUCCGGUAGCGACCGGCCUCUGUUCACGCUGGCUGAUGGAUCGCAAAUUCCGCUGAGUGCCCUGCGUGUGCCGACCUACGUUUCGCCCGGCGAACCGCGGGAUGAAAUUCGCGAGCAAAAGCACCACCCGAUUAACUAUGUCAUGAAUCUGGGAACCUGGUUCAUCUGGGAUCCCAUCACCGGCGAAGGUGGGAACGGGGCGGGAUACCCGAAUAGCGAACUGAAGGAUUCGGAAUUCACCGACGGGCUAGGUACCACAAUGGCCUUCGCGGAAGUAAAGGCCUGGGCACCGUACUUUCGCGAUUCGAACAGAACUCACGCUGAGCUGGGCGAGUUUCCGCCAGACACACCGGCUGACCUGGCUGCUGUGAUUGGCGCCCCCAACCAGUACAAGGAAACAGGGCACACCGAAUGGUUCAACGGGCACGUGCAUCACGCCGGGUUUACCACCGUGUUCCCGCCGAAUGCCAAGGUGAUGAUUGGCGAUCGCACCAGUUCUUCUGCCGCUACAGUGAACUUAACCAACACUGGCAACGUGGAUGUGGACUGGACGAAUAAGCAGGAAGGAAAGAAUCACUUUUCCGCCACGCCCGACUACUCGCCGACUUACGCGGCGAUCACUGCCCGGGGUUAUUUUUCCGGUGGCGUGAAUGUGGCCAUGAUGGAUGGCUCGGUUCGCACGAUUGCCAAUAACGUGAACCUCGGCGUGUGGCGGGCUCUAUCGACCCGCGAUGGUGGCGAGAAGUUGCCGAAUUCCGUCAUGCAAUAA